UGCAGUAGAGCGUUUUUCUUUCUUUUUUGAAAAUUCUGGGUAUAUCUGUACGUACCUCCCCUUCAAUUUCCCGUAUCUUUUCAUCUUCCUGAUUUAGAUUUGGUAUUAUCUUUCAAUCAACUCUAAGGAUUGUUGCUGAUACUAAUACUAAUACUUAUACUGCUGCUCUCCCAUUUACAGUAUUUCCCCUUCCCCCUUUCCUGCUUGCUUCAGAGCUUUUUCUACAAGUACAACGAUAACAAAAAAAGAAUCCAAAGUUCCUCUCCCCCUUUUCUCUCCUUUCCAACUAUGGAUCUGUUUCCUUGACAGAAUUUCCUUUUUUAAUCUAUGUUUUCCUUAAAAGCUCAAACCCACUAAUUUGCUCCAAUGCCGCCUGUCCACUUGCAUUGUAAAUGAAUUUCAACACCGGUGGUUCCUUGCUGCUGCUUCCGAGUCUCGCCAUGCUCGUUUCGUUUCUCUGCUUAUUCUUGUUCUUGGUCCCAACUCUACUGGCUCAGUCUUCCAAUACUAAUGCAUCUUCAACUAGAGCUGCCGCUAGAGCACUCGAUGCUCGUCUCCAAGACUAUGCCUAUAGGGCCUUUGUACAGCCUAAAACGGGAGUGCUCUACAACGGUGUUGUUCCUUCUAAUUUAACCGGGGUUCAGAUUGCAGCAAUGAGGCUGAGAAGUGGUAGCUUGCGGACCAGAGGGGUGGCGAUGUACAAAGAGUUCCAGAUCCCCAUUGGAGUUGUGGAGCAACCUUAUGUCGAACGCCUGGUUUUGGUUUACCAAAACUUGGGUAAUUGGUCUUUACAGUAUUAUCCGCUUCAAAAAUACACUUACCUCGCUCCCGUUCUGGGUCUUCUUGCUUACGACGGUUCUGAUUUGUCGGCUAAAAAUUUGCCGGAAUUGGAUUUAAGAGCAUUUAGGGGUCCUAUUAAAAUCAGGUUCUUGAAUGUGGAAUCGGUUCCGGAAGGGUCAGUCCGGAAGUGCAUUUGGUUUGAUUUACAUGGUUUGGUCGAAUUCAGCAACUUGACGGCUCCCAAUGAGUGUUCCACCAUCCACCAGGGGCAUUUGUCGAUUGUUACCGAGUCGAUUUCGCCGCCGACUCCGCCACCGGAAAGGGAGGGAAGGGGGAGUAAUAGCAAAAGAAUAUGGAUAAUCAUUGGUUCUGUUGUGGGUGGAGUGGCAUUGCUGGCAUUGUUGGGGAUCUUGGUAAUCUGGGCACGCAAAUGCAAGCAGAGAAAGAAAAUGCAAGAGAUGGAAAAGGCUGCCGAUUCCGGAGAAGCACUACAUAUGACCACCGUUGGCGAUACAAAGGCACCGUCGGCAACCGUCACUCGGACUAAACCAACUCUUGAGGACGAAUAUGUGCCUUGAACCCCUCUCUCUGUGUAUUCAGUCAAUUAUUAUUCUGCUCAAAGCCUCGCACAUAUUCUUUUUCUUUUCUGGUGGUUUGUUCAUGGUAACCUCUCGGUUGUAGUGUGGAUAAUUAUAGGAUUAUUUUUUGUGUGUGUAGGCUUUCAUGAUUCAUUGUGGUG